AUGGUAUCCACCAGUUCCGUUCAAUUACAACUUCCAAAGUUGAACGGAAAGAAUUUCAACAACUGGUCUGUCCAGAUGAAGGUUCUUUUCAAAUCCCAAGAUUUGUGGAACUUGGUGGAGAAUGGCUACACCGAAGUAGCCGAUGCUGAAGAAUUCGAGGCCUUAAGAAAGGCGGAGAAAGACUCUUUGGUGGAAUUUCGGAAGAAAGAUCAGAAAGCAUUAUAUGCGAUCUUUCAAGCCGUGGAUGAAACGAUAUUUGAAAAAAUAUCGAGUGCGGAGACCGCGAAAGAAGCGUGGGAUAUUUUGCAAAAAUCCUACAAAGGCGAUGAUCGUGUCAGGCGGGUGCGGCUCCAAACACUUCGAGGAGAUUUCGAGUCUUUACGCAUGAAUGACUCUGAAUCUAUCUCGUCGUACUUUGAUCGUGUGCAAACCAUCGUUAACCAACUGAAGGUUAAUGGUGAAGAACUCCAAGAUGUUCGAGUUGUAGAAAAAAUCUUAAGGUCUUUGACUGAGAGAUUUGACUACGUUGUUGCGGCGAUCGAAGAAGGCCAAGAUAUAUCAACCAUGACGUUGGAGCGGUUGAUGGGUUCAUUAUGCUCGCAUGAGCAAAGAAUGAAUCAGAAGUCCAUCGGUUCGAAUCCCGAGCAAGCAUUGUAG